AUGAAAAGUGAUAAAGACAAGAUCGACUAGAUUAUCAAUUAAUUUUAUGGAUCGAAAGUCAUUGAGGAAUUACCCGAAGAAGAGCGACAAUUUGAACUAGUUAUUCAAUAACCUGAUUAAACUUUGAUUUAAAAGAUGCUUGACGAUAGUUUGUAGAAGAGAUAGGAGUUUGUUUAGAGUGGCGAGUGCAAAGAGUAUUCAUAAAUGCUCAUAAUUUCAUAAAUUCGAAUGGACUUUACAAAUGAUGAUCCAUUUCUUAAACAUUUAAUAAAUGUCGAAAAAGCAAUUAAGAAGGCAAUUAGAAACAUUCUUCUGCAACUAUAGAAAUUAGAGAGCAAAUAACAAUUUAAAGAUGCCUGUGAUAAAUUGAUAAAGAUAUUUUAUUAAGAUAUUAAUAUUGGCUUUAUAACAUCGACAGGAUAAAUCAAAUCUACUGCCUAUGCUUUUAUAUCCAAAUCGAUCAUUGAACUAAUAAAUAGAAAGAAAAUCAAUUUACAAUUUAAAAAGAUCCCUUUAAAAAUAACCUUGACAUUUUUUGCCAUUGAUUCAUUACAACAAAUCAACCCAGUACAUAAGCAAUAUGACCCAAGAACUGCCUUCAUAAGAAACAAUAAGUUCUUUAAUGAUUACUUGAUCCUGUCCCAGACCAAUUAAGAUGAAUUAAGAAGUGGAGUAUCGAUAUUCUUUGUCUAUCGUCCAGAAGAUGAUCAAAUCUAUGCUCUCAAAAGAAGCAAAUUAUAAGCAACUCAUCUGGAUUUCUUUUCUGUCUUCUCUACAACAGCCUCAAAUACCCCAAUCACCCCUGAUAUCAGAAAAAUCAGAGAAGCCAAAAUACUGUCAAAAUUGACUCACCCAAAUAUUCUUAGGCUAUUUGCCUGGUGGAUUGAAUCAACCAAUGAUGGAUAUUAUCUAUAUAUGCAACUUGAAUAUUGUUCCUUUCCUGGCUAUAAAUAUCAACCAACAGAUUUGCUAACAUUUUCCUAUUAUUACUUAAAUGUUAUGCAGAAUUAAGAAAAGAUUAAUAAGAUUAAAUCAAUCCUUAAUCAGAUUUUAGAUGGAUUGGAAUACAUUCACCAAAGAGGUAUUAUCCAUAGAGAUUUGAAACCUGAGAAUAUUUUUGUCACUAUUAAUGUCAAAGGAGAUUUAUAAGUUGCAUUGGCAGAUUUUGAUUAAGGAAAAGAUGUCAGAGAAGAAAAACUAUCUAUUAUCACUGAUGAAAGACUCCCUGAAGAGGAACUAAAUUCUAUUAAGAGUUAGAAUACAAUAACUACUGGAACCAUAGGCUAUUAAACUGCAAAUUAUAAUAAAGAUUCUCAUUAUGAAAUGGCAGAUGAAUUCUAUGCCAUUGGAAUCAUUUUGUUACAUCUUGUUAUAGCAUUCCCUGGAGAACCUAAAAAUAGAAACUUGUAUGCUAAAACUUUCGUGAUGGCAAACUCUAUUAAAGAUGUUUUAUCAUUAUUCGAUUCUUGGGCUAAUAAAUUUGUAAAAAAUAAAGGUCCUGACUUUUCAUUCACACAUUAUCAAAACGUUAUGGAACUUGCUAAGCUUCUUAUAAGUUCAAGGAAGCUUACUCAUGCAGAUGUGCGAAAAAUGAUUAAUGAAUUAUGA